CCCUGCCCGGACUGCGCUCUCCGAGCGGCUGCACUUCCAUCUCCCAUCGCUGCCAACCGAGAGUCGGAAAUUCAGCAGCGCCGGAGGGCGCCAGCUUGGGGAAAGACGAUUCUCCUAGUUGCGGGGGUGAAGUCCGAUCUCCCGGAAGGACGUGCUGCCUGGAGAAAGUUGCUAGAUCCCCUUCCCCGCCCAUUGUCUACAGAGGAUCUCUAUAGCUCCUCUAGUUGGCGCCGCCGCCGCCGCUCGCCCGCACCCCCCGAUGCAACCCGGGCGGGGAGGAAGCGCUUCGCUCUCCCCCGGAAUUGGCGCCCGGGCAUUUUCCUAGAAAGCCGAGGAAAGAGAGGCAUAUACAUUUGCUCCAAAUGCAGCUAUGAAUUAUUCUCCAGCCAUUCCAAAUUCGUGCAUUCGUCCCCAUGGCCAGCUUUUACCCAUCCCAUCCACAACGACAGCAUCUCCAAGUACUUAGAACGCCCGGGAGCUUUCAAGGUCUCGUGUGGCAAGUGUGGUAACGGUUUGGGCCACGAAUUCCUCAAUGAUGGCCCAAAAAAAGGCCAGUCUCGUUUCUGAAUAUUUAGUAAUUCUCUCACGUUUGUCCCUAAAGAUCAAUCUGGGAAGGACAUACGAGAAUAAACAGGCUGAGACAUCUCCCCACCGACAGUACUUUGGGCCAACCCCACUCAUGAGCUUUUGGUGUUGGGUGAGAACCUUCUAUUGCAACACUGUCUUGAACGGAAUGAAACUAACACCUGCUGGACUUCUCCUCUUCCUCCCCCUCCAUUCAAAUCUGAGUAGCCAGCACCUGGUCCAGCCGUGAGAUGCUUGUUCCUCUCUCGGUAUAGUGUGCUCCAAGUGCUGAAAAGCCACACCACCCAAAGAAUUUCCCCAGGAAUUCCAUAUUCCAGAAUAUCAUGCCCCUAAUUCAGAUAUGAAUUGGACUUGCUCCAGUUAGUCUGCUUAAGCUAGCAGGCCAGGGCUGGCUUAAAGUGGGUUGCAGGCGAACGGACCCCUGCCUUAAUGAAGCCUAGAAGUAUCAUUCUGAGAAGCUAGGCCAGACUUUCUGGCUUCCUCCCCACUAUUUAUUUGCUUCCACUGCUUAUGUUAUGCCAGGGAGAGGGAAGUUACAACCAAUUGCAACCCAAUAUUUGCCCCUCUCUUUCCUCGCUGGGUAAUGGGUCAUGACUCAGCCAGCUCCUAGCCCUCAUGCCCAUGUGGAAUCAAAGAGACUGGUGUGCCCUUAUGAACUUCUACUUCUGAAGCCCACAGGAAGUGUGGCAGGAAGCAAUAUUGGAGGAAUAUUUUGAUCCAUCAUUUGGGAAUUUUUAAAAUGUGUGUUGGGCUUCUAGUGGAGCUUAAGAUCCCUAUGUUGCAUCAAGUCCCACCAACCAUCUCCUCUCUAAUCACAUUCCUCUAUCAUCACUCUGCUCUUGCAGUUCUUGGAGGUUAAGCAAGGCAAUAAUUUUAAUCAUCUCCUCCUCCUCCUGGCCAGAAGAAGCUGCCCUCCCUGUUGUAAGAUUUACAAAAUGGGCUGGCUUUAGAUUCUCCAGGGGGCCUGUCCCUCUCCCCUACAACAGUGCAUUCUUGGGUUCCUUGCACCAUGAGGCACAGCGGAACACCCUAAAUAUGCUGCUGCUCCAAAGACUUUCCUCGUGCCCCGCUCCACACAUCCUCAAAGAUGGCCUUGUGUUUUCCUACAGACUGACCUCCUCUUCCACUUUUUGUGAGCAAGACUUUCUGGCAUCUGAAACCAUCCUUCUUGCCAAGGUGAACGAGGGGCACCCUUUCUGCUCCCUGGCAUAACAUAAGCAUCUGGUGCACGCCACAAGUGUCAUGACAACAUCACACAAAGGAUGCGAAUUAUGUCAUUUCUGCAAAUAGAUUGUGAUGAUGUCUUGAUGCCCAAGCAUCACUGUGGCGUCUGCUGCAUAUUAUGUAAUUCACAUUGUUUCCAUAAUGGUGUUAUGAUGCUCAUGAUGUCACUUGACCCUCCCCCCACAGAUGCCACACGUCUACUUAGCCUUGGGGCAUUUUCUGGCAUGGUAUCAUGGUAUGAAUUGCCCCGUGUAAACCCAUUCUGGAAAGCAGGGGUGAGGAAAGUCUAUAUGAGCCUCCCAGAAAAUGUCCCAGGCAUAUUCCCAAGCUUUUGUAUCACCUGUGUAUCACCAGACCAAGUAUCGCCAGCGUGGCAGCCUUUGGGUCCACAGGGCUCUCAGGAAAAGAAAAUGAGCAACCUAGUUAAUGUUUAAUUUAAUGUUUGCAUACAGCAGAAAUGAACUGCUAACUUUUUAAGCUGUUGGUUGAGAAA